AUGGCCUCUGCAAGGCAACUUCUGAUAGACAGUCUGCAAUGUCCAAUCUGCAAGGGUCUUCUCACCAAGCCGAAGCUCCUACCUUGCUCGCACACAUUCUGUGAAGGUUGUCUAACCAAACUCCACUCAACUCAAGUUCUGGGCGAUCGGAUAACGUGCGCUGUGUGUAGCUCGGUUGCACCUCUGUCCAAAAAUAACGUAUUCAACUUUUCAACCAAUCAAAUUGCCCAGUCCCUUGUAGAAGAUUUCAAAGAGAGAUCGGUCAAGAAGAGAAUGACCGAUGUAACGGAUGGCGGUUCCUCUGGCCAACGAUGCACCGUGUGUGAUGCUGAUGAUCAAGGGCUUGCUACCUUCUACUGUCAGCAUUGUUCAGAAUUCCUCUGCGACUCUUGUCUUGAGCAGCACAAAAGGUUUAAGAAGUAUGUCUUUCACGAGCUUGUUAGUGCUAGAGACAUCGCAUCAGGGGAAAUCAGAAAACAACUUGCGUGUACAGAACAUCCCAGAGAACUGCAGCAGUUCGUGUGUAUCACAUGUCAGGUGCGCAUCUGUUGUAGGUGUUUGGAAGUGGGUCAUAUGCCUGACAGGCAUGAUGUAAUCGGAAUUGAAGUGUAUGAAGAGGGCCACAAAGCAGCAGUUGAUCUUUUGCAGGAACAAAUAGAACAGAAAACCACUGUGAUACAGAGCCACUCGUCCUUUGUGAAGGAGCAGAUUGGCAUAGUUCUAAAAAGUAUCGGUCAACGAAGGCAAGAAAUCGAAAAUGUCUUUGAGGGAGCUGUCGAACGAAUACGACGAAGGAAAGAUCAACUGCUUGAAGACUGCAACACCUUUGAGAGAACGCCAUGUGAAAAUCUUGAAGGAAUCAUCCAGUGUAACGAUGACUUCCUUGAGAACCUAUCAGCUAAGGUUUCUGUAGUCACCGACGAGUCUACAGCUCAACGCGUAGACCAGUCGUUGCCCGAGCGUGUUGCACGAGUUGAUGAGCUGGAGGCUCUCGUGAAAGGAGACAACCCUGAUUCAUCUCUUCCUGAAUCUAUAGCACUCCGUGCAGAAUUCCUGACCUUCCAACAAGCUGCAGAGUCCAAGGGUCUUGACCUUGGAACUGUUCAGUUGGCUAUUGCAACCAGGAAUGCAGACAUCAGAGAUAAUGCACCCCUGUGGCAGCUUGCGUGUGAGCUCUCUCCUUUCCUUGUACAAAGAGAAUACCAGCCACAUGAAGAGGGUUCGGGCUGGAAGGACCAAGGAUCGCCCUUCUCUUCAGUCUCUGUCACUCUACCAAGUCAUUAA